AUGGCGGCUUUGGACAGGGUCAAGGUGCUGGUGUUGGGUGACUCCGGUGUCGGAAAGUCUUCGCUUGUUCACCUCCUGUGCCAAAACCAGGUGUUGGGAAACCCGUCCUGGACAGUGGGCUGCUCGGUGGAUGUUCGAAUCCAUGACUACAAAGAAGGGACUCCAGAAGAGAAGACCUACUACAUUGAGCUGUGGGAUGUUGGAGGUUCAGUGGGUAGCGCCACUAGUGUGAAAAGCACACGAGCAGUAUUUUAUAACCUGCUGAAUGGGAUAAUUUUAGUGCAUGAUUUAACCAACAAGAAAUCAUCCCAGAAUUUGUAUCGCUGGUCUUUGGAAGCACUCAACAGAGACGUCGCUCCAACAGGAGUUCUCGUGACAAACGGUGACUAUGACCGUGAACAGUUUGCUGAUAACCAGAUUCCACUGCUGGUAAUAGGAACUAAGCUGGAUCAGAUCCCAGAAACUAAGCGGAAUGAAGUUUUGACCAGAACAGCUUUCUUGGCUGAGGAUUUCAACGCUGAAGAGAUAAAUUUGGAUUGCACCAAUCCUCGUUACCUGGCUGCAGGUUCAUCCAAUGCUGUCAAACUAAGUAGGUUUUUUGACAAGGUCAUAGAGAAGAGAUACUUCUUAAGAGAUGGCAAUCAGGUUUGUCAUUUUUCCUCCUUUUUUAUUCCUGGCUUCUCUGAAAGGAAAAGGUUUGGAGGAGGAACACUGAAGAGCCUUCAUUAUGAUUGAAUACUGAGGAAGUGGAAGAUGCCUUCAAGUUCCUAAUGACGUUCCCAUUCCAACUGAAUGCUUAAAGACAGUAAAAUGAUAUUAUGCCUUGGCCAGGUAGACUUCUGAAGCUACUUUUGCUGGAAAAGACUUGGGGAAGAAUUUCCAAAAAUCUAAUCGGAAGCCUAGAGUGUUUCUUAGGAUUGCAGGCUGUCUGGAUAUACAGGAACAUUUGGGGAAAGUGUGCAAUAAAUUGAAUGCCUCUCACACUGCUGUGGGAAACUUUAUCAUACACAGCACGUAUAUGUGACAGCUUUGUCUCCAUUUUGGAAAACUUAUGGACAGUCUUUGCAAUGAAUUACAUUCAUCUUACCUCUGAAGGAAAGAUGACACUGAGUGGGCUUCUCAUUUACGGUAAAGUGAACAAAGCAAGUGAGCGAAACGUAAGGAUGGGUAAGGAAUGGUCUGGAAAAUAAUAGAAUGCCUUUGUUAAAUGAAUGGUGUUGUCUCACCUGGAACACACUGUUCAGCCCUAUUCAAAAGUGAUAAAAGAAAUAGGCAAGAGAUGAAAAAAGAUUUGAAGCCUUAAAAAGAAAAUCAUGAGUAGAAAACAAGUGGUAUUAAUUCUGCUGCUUCAAUUAAAAUUGUUUACUUUGGAGAGGACAAGGUGAAUCAGGUCCUCCUGUUUAUCUUUUCAUAAUUGAGUGUGGUCUUGUUCUUAAAAUUGAAUUAAAAGGCAAUGCAUUGAAAGCUGAUGGAAAAAGUAUGUUUUUAUACAGUGCUUAUUUGGAAAAAAUGUGACAUGGUCUUACUGAGCCUGAGAGCUUAGUGGAUUCAGAAAACAAGAAAUGUAAGAACAUCCUCUGAAUUAGAAUGGAUAGAAAUUUAAAAGGGAUAUAAAGCCCUCUAAAAAGUAGGAACUGAGCAUGAUUAGAAGGAAAGUUCUGUGAUAGGGAUGUUUCCUUUUCAUAUUUAGUACUAAGGAUAAAGGAGAAUUGACCUGGUCUGAUCUACCGUGCAAGCUGUUGUCUUCCUAAAUAGCCCAAGCUUUGCACGGUUUUUCGCCUCCCCGUAAUUAUAUGGAGUGCUAAAAGCCUGAUUUAUGGCAGUUGCUUCUUUCCCCUCCUUCCUCACAGUUACCUCUAAUGGUUAAACCUCUGGCAAAGGCUAACUAAGAGCUUAGAGUUAGAUAUAAAUACAGAUUAAUAAUAAAUGGGGAUAGAAGAAAGUAAAACGCUGGUGUGAAAUUGACAGCGAGCAGAGUUCUGCAGUCUCCAGAUUACAUCUGCUUGCAGCUGUUCCCUAGCAGCUUCUUGGAAAUAAAUGGAAAACCGCCUAUUGCCACUAAUCAGGCACAAAAAUGACAGCUAGGUGCACUAGUCAAACUUACUAAAAAUAUGGUUACUUUGCUUUUCCUUAGGCCAUUUCCAGAAAGGUCUUGGAGCAUUUGCAAACAUGAGUGCAGUGAGUUUUUAGAUGCCUGUAUGAAAUAGGUUAUUAGUUUAUAUUUACU